UUCCUAUUCGGCCUCGUUAUCGUAUCUCGCGGGGUCUGUCGAGGUGAAUUAAUCAUGGCGGAAGCAGAGCGAUGCGUUUCCCCGCCGAGCCUGGAAGAACCUGAAAUAUUUGAAAUUGAGCUCCCUAUUACUAUCUUUGAAUUGAGUGAUGAUGAGUUUUUGGAAGGUGAAGCUGAGGAGCAUACAGCUUUGAGUGAAGAUGGGUCUCUAAAAAGCCAGUUAAAAGGAGAUGGAAUGGUGAAAAGUGAAGAGGAAGAACAGUUAAAUGGUGUUGACUUUAAGAGGAAUUGUGGAGAAGAACAGAUAAAUCGAGUUGCAGAAAGUAAAGAUGUUGGUAAUGGAAUGCCUUUACCAUGUGAAAAUCUAAAUUCAGUCCAAAUGGUCUCAUUGCUGAAUGCACUGGAUAAAGUUAAGCAUAAUCAAAACUGGAUAAUGAGCAUUUUAGACCACAAGAUAUAUAAUGGGAUUGAAAGUGAAUGUGUAAAACUAAGUCAAGCUGAAAGUGAUCACAACUAUUGCAAAAGGAUGAUACCUUCACAUUUGAACAUCCAGAAUAAAGGAGGGAAUCAUGUAGCAGAAGAACUCACACAGAUGGUUUUAUCAGUUGACCAGGGAACAGAACUGGCUGUAAAUAAAUUAUUUCAAGAGACUGUGCCAGCGCCUCCUUGCACGCACAGGGAUGCUAAUGCUGAAGGUGCUGCCCCUUUGGAGACAGGAUUUAAUGAAACUGGCAACAGAUCUUGGAAGAGUGAUGGACCCGAGGAUAACAUGUUCCUAGGUUGCAAACUGGAAGAGCAUCAAGAUGAAAAUGAGAAAUGUGCCUCACUUUGUAGUACCGGUGAUUGUUCCCUGGAAGAUUUUUCAGAAGAUGCUGGGAGCGCAACAACACACAAUUGUGCUGAUCCUGAGCCAGAUGCUGGCGGACAUUGUAUUCCGCUCUUGGUAGCUGAUUGUUCUGCAGAGCACUAUAUGCAAGAAAACCUUGAUGCCUCUAGUGAGAGUACAGAAUGUGGCCAACAGCUGCAGGUAGAGCAAUCAAAAGAGGAAUUGCUACUGACUUAUAAGCCCAAGAUCAAUACUCCACUGAUCUCAGCCCCAAAAAUGCAUACCAAAACAAGGGAGGCUUGGAAAUGCUUGUUUUGUAACUUGAGGCAUAUGUCCUUGGUAUGUUUAAGAAAACACAUUCACGCUACUCAUAUGAAUAAAAAAAAUCACAAAGGUAAGUUUUGCCACAGAACAUAUUUCUUAUCUACCAAUCUUAAACGCCACUGUAUGUUCCACAUGAAAAUGUUAUUGUUAAGAAAGAGAGAGGAAAGUAAAAAUACUGGAGAAAGUAGAAGGAACAAGGAUAAACUAGCUAUGAAGACCUCACCCAAGAAUCAAAAGGAAAGUAAGUAUGAGAAAUUCUUUACUGAAAUGAAAAGGGAACUAAAGCCUUCAAAGAGCUUCUGUUGCUCAGUAUGUUCCUUUGCUUCCCAAAAUCCAAAAAGUUUUACACACCACAUGAAGAAGCAUCAUGAUGGACCACCUUAUCAGUGCCCGCGGUGUGACUAUUCCUCUGAUAACCAUUCCAAUGUGCUUAAGCACUUGUACUGGCAUGCUGGCUAUAAGCUGUACAAAUGCACCUUCUGUGCUUUUUUGUCCCAGCAUUUUAGCAGCAUGGUAAAACACAGCUUCCUCCAUUCAGGUGCCAAGCCCUAUUGGUGUGCUGUCUGUGAGCUGCGCUUCACAAGCGCAAGUAGCUUAAAUAAACACGUGGACUCACAUAGCCAAACACAGCAGAGCAGUAGUUUGCCUAUUGCUUGGGAGGAGAGACAGAAUUCUCAGAGGAAAUAUGUGUGUAAGCAGUGCAGCAAAGUCUUUUACACAAAGAAACAUCUCCAGGGUCAUUGGAAAUACCACUCACAAGUUCAGAACAAUGAUAACACAUCUAAAGCUAUCUGUGUUGAAGAGUGUGAGCAGACCAGCCAUUUGCAAAAGACUCAGGCUCUGUGUGAUUUUGAUAAUCGGAAAGCAGUAAGCCUUUCUCAGUCAAAUGAACUGUUCAUGCCAGCAGCAGAAUGUGAGCAAGAAGAUGGCUCCCAAGAAGAGGUACACCCACAGAAAGACUACUGCCGAAGCAAUUCAGGGAGUGAGAUGUCGGAUGUUUUCCCAAGCACGUAUGUUUGUGAUCAUUGUAACAUUGUGUUUCGGAAAGAAGAACUCUUGAGGUACCAUAAGGGUAUUCACGUACAGGUUCAACCAAGUGAGAACAGUAGUAAAAACCAGGACUAUGGGGCAAAUGGUCGGCACCCUUCUUGUGGACCAGCUCUUAGACUCUUCAAAUGCCACCAAUGUUCUUAUAUCACUAGUGCCUUCAGCAAUUUGCGAAUACACUUUAGUGUCCACACUGGUGAAAAACCGUAUAAGUGUCAAGAGUGUGACAAGUCCUUUCGAAACUCCAGCCACCUAAAACGGCAUAGCUUGUCACACUUACAGAAGCAUCACAAAUGCAGCCAAUGCCUUUUCAUAGGAGUGACUGCAGAAGACCUUAAGUUCCAUAAAGAAACGUGCAAAGGUAAGGGUGCAGCAAGAAAAAGACUUCAUUCAUCCACUUCAAGCUGUGAAAACUCAGAGAAGCAAAUGAAUAUGUCUAAAGAAAAAGGAAGCAAAAGCACAGUCAUGUCUCAUAAAAGCCAUCCACAAGCCUAUAAGUGUGAGCACUGUGAUUAUACCACCUACAUAUUGGGCAGGCUGAAGUGUCACACAAGAAUACACACAGGAGAAAGGCCAUAUUGUUGUGCUAUUUGUAAAAAAGCUUUUUUUACAUCAAGUCACCUGAAACGUCACAUGCUUGUGCAUGAGAACCUGGACUUCCUCAGGUGUGGCAGCUGUGACUUUUCAACUGGCAACUGGCAGUCAUUUAAACAACACUUGGCUUCACACACAGAUAAGCAGCCUCCACCUAGUGGCCAUUCUCAAAAGCAGCCUUCCUCCUUGCCUGUGAAAAUAUUUAAGUGUGAAGAGUGUGACUACAAAACUAUCCGUAAAGGAAACUUGAAGAUACACUUUCAGAUCCACACUGGUGAAAAGCCACAUAAAUGUUCUCACUGCAGCCUUGCUUUCCGUACAUCUAGCCAUUUAAACCGCCAUGUUUUAACUCACUUAAAGUGCAACAAAUGUAUGUUUUCUGCCACAAGCAAGCAUGCUCUGCAGAAGCAUGCACAAACUCAUAAGAAGAAAAGAGUUAAGAGGCAGAAAAAGACAUGUGCGGUAAAACAACUGACAAAUGAACUUAGUGUAGAAGUGCAAAGUCUCAACACCAUACCUUUAAAAGGUGCAUCAAAAAAAUACACGAGAACAAAAAAGUAA